UCCGUUGCCCACUAGUUAUUUAUUACUCACAGCGAUUCGAUCUAAUCGUUCUUUAAGGAAGUCGUGACUAACAAGUUUAUACACAAAUUUAUGAUUCAGAUUUUUCGAGAGCGAGUUGAAUAGAUAAUAAAAAAGAAAGAUCCGAAAUUCGUGCAAUCCGGUUUUCUACACGAAUUAAGAUAAGGAAGCAUGAUCUCUUUCUAUCAUCCAGAUGAAAAUUAAUGAUUAUCAUAAAUAUGCACACAAACAACGUGAUUGCCGCAAUUUGAAAUAAUACUAUCGAGCAGGUGAAAAUUUUUGACCAGCAUAAAUACAACCAGUGGGACUUAAUGGAACGAUGACGUCAAGCUGCGUGGGUUUCGAACACAUAGCAGUAAUGGUGCCGGUGUCCUCGACGGUUAUUCCGUUGCCAGUUUAUAGGGUGGAAUACGGUUUUGGGUUUGUGUCAAAGGACAAAAAAGCUCAAUCUGCAUUUAAACCGGCCGGCUCGAUAAAGUUGAUUACAGCAAAAAAAACACAAGAAACAAAACCCGAGUAACGAAGAAUGCCUUUUCCUGGACACCACGUAUUGCGAAAGA